AUGGCCAGGAGUAAGCUAGCUUCCGUCCCUUGGACGGUAUUGCUCUCCUUGGUGAUUCUAUUCGGAUGCCUUGUUGUACCCGGAGUCACCGUGAAGCAUGAGAACUUCAAAAAGUGUUCCCAAUCUGGAUUUUGUAAGCGCAACCGAGCGUUAGCCGAUGAUGUCUCCGCCAAGGGCUCGUCAUGGAGCUCUCCAUACGAGUUAGACCCUUCGUCUAUCGAGUUCAAAGAUGCUCAAUUGCAGGGCAUGGUCAUCAAAACGACAUCCGCAAACGAGAAGGUCAGGCUACCUCUCACAGUGUCCUUCCUCGAAUCCGGGGCCGCACGAGUCGUUCUCGAUGAAGAGAAGCGAAUGAAGGGCGAAAUUGAAAUUCGACACAACAGCAAAGCACGGAAGGAGCGAUAUAAUGAGGCAGAAAAAUGGGCACUGGUUGGAGGUUUGGAAUUGAGCAAGUCCGCGACGCUCAACUCCGACACGGAUACUGGCUAUACCAAAGUGCUGUAUGGACCUGAUAAUAAAUUCCAGGCGAUCAUUCGCCAUGCACCAUUUGAUGUCGAGUUCCAAAGAGACGGCGAAACCCAUGUCCAAUUGAAUAACAAAGGCUACUUGAAUUUGGAACACUGGCGGCCGAAGGUGGAAGCCGCGGAAGGUGACAGCCAGCAGGUGUCCGAGUCUCAGGAAGAUGAAAGCACCUGGUGGGAGGAAACCUUUGGCGGAAACACAGACUCCAAGCCCAGAGGACCGGAGAGUGUAGGCUUGGAUAUCUCAUUCCCAGGAUACAGUCAUGUUUUUGGAAUCCCGGAACAUGCAGACUCCCUUUCUUUGAAGGAGACCAGGGGUGGAUCGGGAAACCACGAGGACCCAUACCGCUUGUAUAACUCCGAUGUGUUCGAAUAUGAGCUCAACAGCCCUAUGACCUUGUAUGGUGCCAUUCCUCUUAUGCAGGCACACCGACAGGGCUCUACUGUUGGCGUGUUCUGGCUUAAUGCAGCUGAAACCUGGGUGGACAUCGUCAAGUCAACAUCUUCGGCCAACCCGCUCUCGUUGGGAGUCGGCUCCAAGACAACGACCGAAAGCCAUUGGUUCUCCGAGUCUGGACAAAUUGACCUCUUCGUCUUCCUUGGACCCUCCCCGCAAGAUAUUAGUAAGACUUACGGAGGAUUGACUGGAUAUACUCAACUGCCUCAGCACUUUGCCAUUGCGUAUCAUCAGUGUCGCUGGAACUACGUCACCGAUGAGGACGUGAAAGAGGUUGACGCCAAGUUCGACAAAUAUCAAAUUCCUUAUGACGUUAUCUGGCUUGACCUUGAGUAUACUGAUGACCGGAAGUACUUCACUUGGGACCCCCUCACCUUCCCUAACCCGAAGGGAAUGAACGAGCAGCUUGAUGAUUCCGAGCGAAAGCUUGUGGUCCUCAUCGACCCGCACAUCAAAAACCAGGACAAAUUUUUCGUCUCGGAGGAGCUGAAAAGCAAGGAUCUAGGUACUAAGAACAAGGAUGGAGAGCUCUACGAUGGUUGGUGUUGGCCCGGUUCGUCGAACUGGGUGGACUGUUUCAACCCGGAGGCUAUCAAGUGGUGGAAAACUCUGUUCAAGUACGACAGAUUCAAGGGCACACUUCCCAACGUGUUUAUCUGGAAUGACAUGAAUGAGCCAUCCGUUUUCAACGGGCCCGAAACGACGAUGCCCAAAGACAACCUGCAUUUCGGCAACUGGGAGCACCGUGAUAUCCACAACGUCAACGGAAUCACUCUGGUCAAUGCCACCUACCAAGCCAUGCUAGAACGCAAGAAAGGCGAAGUUCGACGACCGUUCAUUCUAACACGGUCUUACUAUGCCGGUGCUCAAAGAAUGUCUGCCAUGUGGACAGGCGACAAUCAAGCUACAUGGGAGCAUUUGGCUGCCUCUCUUCCCAUGGUCUUGAACAAUGGAAUUGCCGGUUUCCCUUUUGCUGGCGCUGACGUUGGCGGUUUCUUCCAUAACCCCAGCAAGGAACUUCUGACGAGAUGGUACCAAGCUGGAAUCUGGUAUCCCUUCUUCCGUGCACAUGCCCAUAUCGAUACACGCAGGAGAGAACCCUACUUGAUCAGCGAGCCUUACCGAUCCAUCAUUGCUCAAACUCUGCGUAUGAGAUACCAGCUUCUACCCGCGUGGUACACAGCGUUCCAUGAAGCUUCGGUAAACGGGAUGCCAAUCGUCCGGCCCCAGUACUACGUCCACCCGUCCGACGAGCAAGGUUUUGCCAUUGAUGACCAGCUCUAUCUGGCAGCUACUGGUCUUCUCACUAAGCCGGUUGUUUCCGAGGGCACCACUACCGCCGACGUUUAUAUCUCCGAUGAUGAGAAGUACUACGACUAUUACGAUUAUACGGUGUACCAAGGCGCCGGUAAGAGACAUACGGUACCGGCUCCUAUGGAGAGAGUGCCAUUGCUGAUGCAGGGAGGUCAUGUCAUUCCCCGCAAGGAUCGACCUCGUCGCAGCAGUGGAUUGAUGAGAUGGGAUCCAUACACCUUUGUUAUCACCCUGGACAAGAAUGGCAAUGCAGACGGCACUCUGUACGUGGAUGAUGGAGAAACUUUUGAUUACGAGAGUGGUGCCUAUAUCCACCGUCGUUUCCUCUUCCGCGAGUCUACCUUGUCGUCUGAGGACCUCGGAACCCAGGGUCCUAAGACACCCGGAUACCUGAAGGCCAUGGCCGAUGUUAGGGUCGAAAAGGUUGUGGUCGUCGAUCCUCCUAACGAAUGGCAGAGCAAGACCAGUGUGACUGUUAUCGAAGAGGGAGCCAAGGAAGCUACCAGUGCUCGGAUUGAGUACCAUGCGCAACAAGACGGAAAGGCUUCCUACGCCGUGGUGAAAAACCCCAACGUUGGUAUCGGAAAGACGUGGAAGAUCGAAUUCUAA